CCUCAAUUUCCGCCUGGGCUUCGCUUGUUCUGCCGCUUGCGUUGCGUUGUUUCUUGCUCUGCCUUCAUCCUCUAAGCUUGUGAGCAAGCCAGUACUAACACAGGUGGUAGUGCAUACCAUACUAGCAUUUGUGCUCACAUCCACAUUGCACACUGCAUUCCAACCAUCGGUCUACUAUCUAGAUUCUGGUACCCGAGCAUACCAUACAUCUCAAAGUGGAUCGGGUGAUUGAGAUCGAGCCCACCAGGAUACCCAAAGUGUCACUUCCAGUGGAGUGCCCGUCUCGAGCACCACGCUCUUGACAUCCACCGCCACUUUCCUAAUCAUGCCUCCCGUCCAAACCGCCGGCGACUUUCCCGGCAUUUCCAUCCUCGAAACCCUGACCACAGGCACCCACCCCCCCGAACUCGCCGCUUCACC